UGAUCAGUUUCGGGAGCCAGAAUCUGCACGGGAACCACCACCUCGUCGAUGCCCUGUUUGGUCAGAAACGUUGGAUGCCCUAUCGAGAUACAGUCGACAAGGGGUGGUUGGUAUUCCUUCGCCCCCAGUCUGAAAAAGGCCCACCCCCUAGCAGAAGCCUAUGGCGCCAACCUUCUCAUAUGUGUGACGCAGGGCCCUGGCGCACUCGAAGAUUUCGGGUUCACGUAUAUCGCGACCGUUUUGUUUCAUGAGGUUCGGGAGGUUGAAUCGCGAAUGAGCAUCACGGCGACGUCGGGGUUGUCACCGUUGAUGUACAGAGUACUCCGUAGGUGUGCGUUAUUGCCAAGCUUUCCAACCCGGCUAGAUGGGAUGCUGCCAUUUUUAGCAGAUGGAGAAGGCAAAGUUGAAGUGUUUAUUCGAAAGUGGACGGCGACAGUGACCCUGUGUACUGCCAUAUGGACUUCUGGAACAUUUUGA